CGGCGGCGGUAGAUUAGAGCCGCGGGCUGAGGCAGACGCGGCCGCCGCGGAGCCUGUGGAGGGGAGCGCGGCCGCGCUAGCGCCAGGCUUUAAACAUCUGUGAAGACCUCUUGGGAGCUCUACCGACCGAUUCAAUGGCGUCCUCUGCUACGGUGCCUCUGGGGUUUCACUACGAGACGAAGUAUGUUGUGCUCAGCUACUUGGGGCUCCUUCCUCAGGAGCAUCCCGGCUCCUCACCCCAAGGGGUUCAACUAGAUAUAGCUUCACAAUUUCUGGAUCCUGAAGUUUUAUUAAAAAUUAAAUCUGAAAUUGAAGAAGAGCUAAAAGCCCUAGACAAAGAAAUUUCUGAAGCUUUCACCAGCACUGGCUUUGACCGUCAUACUUCUCCGGUGUUCAGCCCUGCUAACCCAGAGAGCUCCAUAGAAGACUGCCUGGCGCACCUUGGAGAACAAGUGUGGCAGGGGCUGAGAGAGCCCCUGCAGACGGCGCUGCAGGCGCUGCUUAGCCGGCCGGUGACAUACCCGACGUUUCGAGAAUUUGCACUGGAGGCUGCGGGUCAUACCAGCGGAUGGAAUAAGAUCGCGGUGCCUCUGGUCCUGCUUCGACAUAUGCUUCUGGAGCUGACCCGGCGCGGUGAGGAGCCCCUGCAUGCCCUGCUGGAGCUCGGCGUGGCGUACCUGGAGGACUGUGCCGCUGAGCACAUCAUCCAACAUGGCGGCUGGGGUACCGUUUUUAGCCUUGAGCCGGAGGAGGAGGAAGACCCCGGCCUCAUCGCAGAAGACAGCAAUGACAUUUAUAUCCUACCCAGUGACAACUCCGGCCAGGUCAGUCCCCCGGAGUCUCCAACCGUGACCACUUCUUGGCAGUGUGAGAGCCUCCCGGCCUCGCUGUCGGCCAGCCAGAGCUGGCACACAGAAAGCUUGCCUGUGUCCUUGGGCCCUGAGUCCUGGCAGCAGAUCGCCAUGGAUCCCGAAGAGGUCAAAAGCUUGGAUAGUAAUGGCGCUGGCGAGAAGAGCGAGAACAACUCAUCUAACUCAGACAUUGUCCAUGUGGAAAAGGAAGAGGUCCCCAAGGGGGCGGAGGGGGCAGGGGCGGCCGUGCCCUCCCGGGACCCCCAGGCUGCCUUCCCCGCCACCCCGCGUCCACAUACCACUGCCCCUUCGCUGGAGGCCAGGGAACCCCACACAGAAGCGGCUGCCAGGGAGACGGCCAGCCCCGUCCCGUCUCUGUUUGUGGAGCUCUGUGAAGAAGAGGCGGAGGCAGCACCAGAGGAGGCUGCUGACGUGGAGGGAGAGAGGCCCCCCGCCCCGCUGGGUGAGGAGCAGAGUCCCGGUGGGGAGGCCCGGGCAGCCCCGGGCCCCGAGGGCAGGGCCACGCUGCUGUUUGGAGGGGCUGCCGCUGUGGCUGUCCUGGCAGUGGCCUUUGGAGUGGCCUUGGCUCUGAAAAAAAAGUAGCUGCUUCU